CCCAAAUCCGCCACGUCACCACCCCCAAAAAAUGCUCAAAACCUUAGCCACCUUCUCCACCACCACACCACUCCUCUCCACCACCACCGCCACCACCACGAAGCUCUCUCUCUCCUCCUCCUUUUUCUCUCUCUCCAAAUUCCAACCCAAACCCACCUCCCCUUUCCCCCAAACCCGCCGACCCAUCUCCCUCCGCACCCCCACCAUGAACAUCCUCAACCGCCUCGGGUUCGGACCCAAGACCCCCGACCCGAACUCCGAGUCCGCCGCCAUCGCGCAGGGCCCCGACGACGACGUCCCGGCGCCGGGUCAGCAGUUCGCGCAGUUCGGAGCCGGGUGCUUCUGGGGGGUAGAAUUGGCAUUUCAGAGAGUCCCCGGCGUCACCAAAACGGAGGUUGGGUAUUCUCAGGGCUUGCUGCAUAAUCCGAGCUAUGAGGACGUGUGUAGUGGGACGACGGGUCACUCUGAGGUCGUGAGGGUUCAGUAUGACCCUAAAGACUGUAGCUUUGAGGCUCUGCUUGAUAUGUUUUGGUCCAGGCAUGAUCCCACCACGCUCAAUCGUCAGGGUGGUGAUGUGGGAACGCAAUACAGAUCUGGAAUCUACUUCUACACACCUGAGCAAGAGCAGGCAGCAAAAGAAUCUAUGGAGAAGCACCAGAAGGUCGUGAACCGGCCGAUUGUUACAGAAAUACUUCCUGCCAAGAAGUUCUACAGAGCAGAGGAGUACCACCAGCAGUACCUUGCCAAAGGAGGCCGCUUUGGUUUUAGGCAAUCUGCUGAGAAAGGAUGCAAUGAUCCAAUCCGAUGCUACGGCUAAUCCAUACGCUAUCACCGCCUUGAAAGGCAGAUCGUGACCUGGGAUUGUUCAUAGAAUUGUGCUCGCCCAUAUAUUUUGCAUGUAACUAGGUUUUACAUACUUUAUAUAGUAAGUGUGUGUGCUUGGUGAUUGUAUCCAUAGUGUGAGCGUGGAUUAAUAAGAAAAGACUAGUAUUUACGACUCUUAUAAGUUAGUAUCAGAUAUCUACAACUGCUGGCUCUUAGUUUUGUUAGUACAAAUGUCCAGGCAGGCUGAUCUUCUGCAAGGACCAAAGUCC